AAGCCUGCCACGCCGUGCGCGCAGCUUCCGGAAGGCGUCCUCUACACGACACGAGGUUCUGGAAGUGAGAGGCGCCGAGUCUGAAUUGCCUGAGCGGUGGUCGGCGUGAUGCCCAAGGCCAAGGGGAAGACCCGGCGGCAGAAGUUCGGUUACAGUGUUAACCGGAAGCGUCUGAACCGGAGUGCUCGACGGAAGGCAGCCCCGCGGAUCGAGUGCUCCCACAUCCGACAUGCCUGGGACCACACCAAGUCCGUGCGGCAGAACCUGGCCGAGAUGGGCUUGGCUAUGGACCCCAACAAGGCGGUGCCCCUCCGUAAGAGAAAGGUCCAGGCCAUGGAGGUGGACGUAGACGAGAGACGGCAGCUCGUACGGAAGCCCUAUGUGCUGAAUGACCUCGAGGCAGAAGCCAGCCUCCCGGAAAAGAAAGGAAAUACGCUGUCUCGGGACCUCAUAGACUACGUCCGCUACAUGGUGGAGAACCAUGGGGAGGACUACAAGGCUAUGGCCCGGGAUGAGAAGAAUUAUUAUCAAGAUACCCCGAAACAGAUUCGGAAUAAGAUUAACGUCUAUAAGCGCUUUUACCCAGCGGAGUGGGAAGCCUUCGCUCAUUCUUUGCAGAAGAAUGCGAUGGAGGUUGCGUGACUGGUUUACGCCUGCCCCAGGCUGAAGCCUCCUCCUGGACCCGAGAAGCUGGAGCCAGGGUUUAAGGCAAGGAGGGGGGUGUGGCUACAGAGGCUGGCCAAACCCCAUUCUCGGG